AAAACCCUUCAUAAAUCCUCAUCACAGACCUCGCCACCAGAAAUCGGCGUCUCAACCGCCGGCGACAGCUUCGAAUUGUGUUUUUUUUCUACUUCUUCCUCAUAUCGUUUAAUUUAUUUUUCAAGUAAAAGCGGCGAUGGGAAAAAACAAGAGUAAGAAAGGCGGAGGCGAAAAUCAGCAAUCUCCUUCCACCAUUUUCGUUGCGAAUUUGCCGUUUUCAUUAACUAACGCUCAGUUGGAAGAAGCGUUCAGUGAUGUCGGACCAAUACGACGGUGCUUUAUGGUUAUGAAGAAGGGGUCAAAUGAACACCGAGGAUUUGGCUAUGUUCAAUUUGCUGUUGUUGAAGAUGCUAAUCGUGCUGUUGAGCUGAAAAAUGGUUCAACUCUCGGUGGUCGAAAGAUCGUGGCUAAACUAGCUACACAUCGUGCUCCACUUGAGCAACGCCGAGCUAAAGAGAAUCAAGGUCUUGUGAGCCAAUCUGAGGAAGCUGGCCAAACAAAGAAUGAAAAAAAUGUUGAAACUGCUGUUGCAGACGAAGCCGUUGAAACCGCAGUUGCAGGCAAAGCCGUUGAAACCGCAGUUGCAGGCAAAGCCGUUGAAACUGCAGUUGCAGACAAAGCUGUUACAACUGUAGUGGCAGACAAAGCUGUUACAACUGUAGUUGCAUACAAACCUGAAAAGACUCCAAGUAUUAAAGUAAAAGGUGCUGUGGGGGAGAGAAGAAAAAGGAAGGAUGUUUCAACUGCUGCCCCUGGCGAAGCAAAAGUAUCAGAAAAGCAAAGGGUUGCUAAGACUGUCAUAUUUGGUAAUCUCCUUCAUAACGAUAUGGCCGAGGAAGUUCAUCGUAUAGCAAGAGAGGUUGGGACUGUAUGCUCUGUAACUUACCCACUUCCAGAGGGAGAACUUCAACACCAUGGGUUAGCUCAAGAUGGAUGCAAAAUGAAUGCUUCCUCUGUACUUUAUACAAGUGUAAAAUCAGCUCGUGCGUGUGUUGCAGCACUACACCUGAAAGAGAUACAAGGGAGAUCUGUUUGGGCACGCCAACUUGGUGGGGAGGGCUCUAAAACUCAGAAGUGGAAGCUUAUUGUGAGAAAUCUUCCAUUCAAGGCUAAAGUGGCUGAGAUAAGAGAGAUGUUUGGUACUAUAGGAUUUGUAUGGGAUGUAGUUAUUCCACAAAAUCCAGGGACUGGGUCAUCCAAAGGAUUUGCAUUUGUUAAAUUUACAUCAAAGCAAGAUGCAGAAAAAGCCAUUCAAAACUUAAAUGGGAAAAAAAUUGGUAAAAGACCAGUUGCUGUUGAUUGGGCUGUUUCAAAAAAGAUCUAUGCAUCUGGCAAUAAUACUUCUGCCACCACAGGAGAUGAGGAGGAAGAUGAUGGAAGCAGUAGUGAAUCAGACGACAAUGAAGUAGAACCAUUUAGAAAAACUGAACUGGAUGGUGAUAAUUCUGCUGAUGAGUCUGAUUCCUUUGACAAUGUGAAUAAAAGUGAAAUUAAUUUUGAAGAAGAGGCAGAGAUAACAAAAAGUGUACUUCAGAACAUUAUUUCGUCAGCUUCUGGAAAUGUUGCUGGUGGUGAUGAUUCAGAGCUGUCUAAAGGAAACAUUGAUAAACCCAUGCCAGUUGAAAGUAAGUCAUCUGAUGUAUCGGGCACCCAGGUUGCCACCACCACUAGUGUUAGUGAAGAAAAACCUAAAAUAACAAACCCUCAAGGGGAAGAAGAGUUGCAGCGAACAAUUUUCAUUAGCAAUCUUCCCUUUGAUAUCACCGUUGAGGAAGUGAAACAACGUUUUUCUGCAUUUGGUGGAGUGGAGACUUUUAUGUUGGUUCUUCAUCCAGUAACAAAACGCCCAAGAGGAACUGGAUUUCUCAAGUUUACAACAACAGAUGCAGUUGGUGCUGCUUUAUCAGCAGCCAACACAGUAGCUGGUCUGGGGAUCUUAAUCAAAGGCCGUCCAGUGAAAGUGCUGAAGGCUCUAGACAAAAAAACAGCUAAUGAUAAGGCACUGGACAAGGCAAAGAAGGAGGAUGGUGACCACCGCAAUGUAUACCUUGCUAAGGAGGGUUAUAUAAUGGAAGGAAUGCCUGCUGCAGAAGGAGUUUCAGCAAGUGAUAUAACAAAAAGGAAGAAGUUGCACGAAGAUAAGAUGUCUAAGCUUCAAUCUCCAAACUUCCGUGUAUCAGACACAAGGCUUAUUGUAUACAAUGUGCCAAAGACUAAGAAUGAAAGAGAUCUGAAAAAGCUUUUUUUGAAUGCAGUAAUUUCUCGUGCAACAAAGCAAAAGCCUGUAAUUCGACAGAUAAAGAUCUUGAAGGAUUCAAAAGUCCGAAAAGAAGGUGAAAAAAGUCGCCCACGUGGAGUGGCUUUCUUAGAGUUCACAGAGCAUCAACAUGCACUCGUGGCCCUGAGAGUUCUCAAUAAUAACCCUGAAAUCUUCGGACCUGAACAUCGCCCCAUUGUGGAGUUUGCACUAGAUAAUGUGCAGAAGCUGAAACUUCGGGCAGAAAAGAUGCAAGCACAGCAACUGCAGGGUCCACACGAUGCUAGAGGGAAUUUUGGGCAAAAUAAUAAUUUAGGCAGAGGGGGUUCCAUUGGAAACUCGAUCCCAAGAAUACGCAAGUUUAGAGACGGAGAUACCUCAGUGAGGACUUACGAUAACAAAAGAGGGGAACUGGCGAACAAAAGCACCGAAGGAAUGGUCGCUGAGGAAGGCGGCAAGAAAUGGCAGAAAGGUCCUAGAAAAGUUUCAAAGAGCAGAGUUCCUCCGCCUGAGAACAAGUCCAACUCCAACAUGAACGUUUCUGGUCAGAGGAAAGGUAGAGAGGCUGGUGGUCAGGAGCCUAUACAAAGCAAUACAGUGACUAAGAAAGAAGGAAGAGAUGUCGGGAUGCCAAGAAAAAGAAUGCCUCGUGAGCAAUUCGAACAAUCAACGGAAGGUGAUGGUGGUGAGCGGAACAGGAAACGCAGGAAAAGAAGUGACCCAGUGGGCCGCGAUGUAACGGAUAAACUGGACAAGCUGAUUGAACAGUACAGGUCCAAAUUCACUGGAAGCAGUUCUUCCCAGUCUGAUGGCAAAAAGCAAGGCACUAAGAGCCUUAAAAGAUGGUUUCAGUCAUAACUUCGGUGUUUACCUAUUUUUAGCUGUAUGCUUGUUUCCUUGAAAUUUUGAUCCGAAUACACACUUUGUUGUAACAUGAAAAGAAAAGAAACAAAACUCCACUGAAUGUAUUUGUUGCAUUAGACAAUUUUAAAUGCAUAGUGAUUAGUGGAUUCUGAAGCAGCACAGUAUUUGAUUA